AUGAGCAUUAUAUUCCGUGAUCCUUUCUUUAAUGGUUUCGAUGACUUGCUUGUAUCGACCUAUCCUAGACAGAAUGACUUGGAUUCUUGGUUUGAUGAUGGAAUUCGACGUGAUGUGAUUACUCCGUUCAGUGGAUUUGGCCGAAUGGACAUGACAGAGAACGAGAGGGAGUAUGAAAUGAGUGUGGAUCUGCCUGGAAUGGACAAGAGUGAAAUCAAAAUGCAUGUUGAAGAUAAUGGACUUGUGAUUGAAGGAGAAAGAAAGAGUGAGAAGAAGGAAGAGAAGGACAAGUACCAUUUCUGUGAACGUCACUUUGGUUCUUUCCAUCGUGAAGUAUCUCUGCCGAAGAAUGCGAAUGUGGAUGGUAUAAAUGCGAUGUAUGAUAAUGGAGUUCUGAAGGUAGUAAUUCCCAAGAAGGAGGAGAAUGAGGCAGGAAGAAAGCAGAUUUGUGUAAACUAAGUGUGUAAAUAGUGUUGUAAUUUGCUAGC